AUGCUCCGCCAACAUCCAUCGGCUCCUUCUUCUCCCGAGUCUGCAGACGGCGACGAUCAGUCAUUUCAUGCACUGCCGAAGCGAAAAACGUUCGAUUCGGUCAGAAAUCCGAUCGGCAACGGUGAGUAACUUUAUUUUAAAACGUUUCAAUCAUCAUUUUCCAUAGUUGUCAUCUGCCCGAGGUAAAAAUGUGCUUUUCGAAGUGGCUUAAACGAGCGUUUCCUUCCCGAUUGUUUUCAAAAUAGUAACACUACAAUUCGUUAAAAAUUCGAAUAAGUACGCUCCCCAGGCAGUAUCCGUCCUGUAAAAUUAAAAUACUGCCAAUUUUUCUCUUCUUGAAGCAGACGAAAAUAUAGCGCCGAAAUCGGAACACGUGACUCCACCACCACCGGCGGUUCGUCCUGUCUGCUUUUUUCUCCCGGACAAGUACGAGAGGGAGCCGAUUGAAGUCGCUCUGAUGGAUCAGGAAAUAUGGCAGAAGUACGCGCUGCUCACGAAUGAGAUGACCAUUCUGGUAACCGGAAGGGAACUGUUCUCGAAGUUGAAGUUCAAGGUGACGGGCCUGGUCCCAUAUGCGCUCUACCGAAUGUCCGUUCAUUUGAAACGCGCGUGCAAGUACCAUUUCAAAUAUACAGGAAACAAAUACGUUGAGACGAAAUAA